AUGUCUAAACCAGCAGUUUUAUCUAAAAAAGGAGUCAUCUAUGGUAAAGAUGUUAAAGAUUUAUUUGACUAUGCUCAAGCAAAAGGAUUUGCAAUUCCAGCUAUAAAUGUUACUUCAUCAUCAACAGUUGUUGCUGCUUUAGAAGCUGCAAGAGAUGCAAAAGCACCAAUUAUUUUACAAACUUCACAAGGUGGAGCUGCUUAUUUUGCUGGUAAAGGAGUUGAUAAUAAAAAUCAAAAUGCUUCAAUUGAAGGUUCAAUUGCUGCAGCUCAUUAUAUUAGAUCAAUUGCUCCAACUUAUGGUAUUCCAGUUGUUUUACAUACAGAUCAUUGUGCUAAAAAAUUAUUACCAUGGUUUGAUGGUAUGUUAGAAGCUGAUGAAAAAUGGUUUAAAGAGACUGGUGAACCAUUAUUUUCAUCACAUAUGUUAGAUUUAUCAGAAGAAACUGAUGAAGAGAAUAUUGGUACUUGUGCAAAAUAUUUUGAAAGAAUGGCUAAAAUGGGUCAAUGGUUAGAAAUGGAAAUUGGUAUUACUGGUGGUGAAGAAGAUGGUGUUAACAAUGAACACGUUCAAAAAGAAUCAUUAUAUACCUUACCAGAAACCGUUUUUGCUGUUUACAAAGGUUUACAUAAAAUUUCUCCAAAUUUUUCAAUUGCUGCUGCUUUUGGUAAUGUUCACGGUGUUUAUAAACCAGGUAAUGUUCAAUUGAAACCUGAAAUUUUGGGUGAACAUCAAGAAUAUGCUAAAGAACAACUUGGUACCGAUGCAAAACAUCCAUUAUAUUUAGUUUUCCACGGUGGUUCAGGUUCAUCACAACAAGAAUUUGAUACUGCAAUUAAAAAUGGUGUAGUGAAAGUUAAUUUAGAUACUGAUUGUCAAUAUGCAUACUUGACUGGUAUUAGAGAUUACGUUACUAAAAAUAUUGAAUAUUUAAGAACACCAGUUGGUAACCCAGAAGGUGAAGAUAAACCAAACAAAAAAUACUUUGAUCCAAGAGUUUGGGUUAGAGAAGGUGAAAAAACCAUGUCCAAGAGAAUUUCAGAAGCUUUGGAUAUUUUCCACACCAAAAAUCAAUUAUAA